AUGUCCCUUACCUCCCACUUGAAGUUCCAGCAGGUCCUAUUUAGUCCGACGGUUAAACACUUCCUUGUCUGUCCACACACACUGUGCUGAUGUAGAGAGCAUUGUCCGCUACUGGUCUGUGUUCUCUAGCCUUAGCAGCAUGCUGCCUUUGUUAGCCAACUGGUUUUGGAAAGGAGAUUACUUGGGGAGGUUUAACCUCAGCCAAGGGUGUUUAAAAUGAGGAAAGUUGAGGAAAAGGAAGAAGGAAGUUCCACAGGUUGAAUUGUUGUCUACUUUUGGGCUUGUAGAGAACACCCCACCAGAAUGUUUCCAUAGCACAAUAUUGUAUGUGAAAUAGACAGGUGUUAGUCACCACUUCAGAAUGCCUCUCUGUGUUGUCAUCACUAGGCCACGUUUACAGUCUCUCAUCCCAGCUGAGGCUGCUGAGGGGAGAACGGCUCAUAAUAAUGGCCGGAACGGAGCAAAUGGAAUGGCAUCAAACACAUGGAAACCAUGUACAGUGGGGAAAAAAAGUAUUUAGUCAGCCACCAAUUGUGCAAGUUCUCCCACUUAAAAAGAUGAGAGAGGCCUGUAAUUUUCAUCAUAGGUACACGUCAACUAUGACAGACAAAUUGAGGAAAACAAUUCCAGAAAAUUACAUUGUAGGAUUUUUUAUGAAUUUAUUUGCAAAUUAUGGUGGAAAAUAAGUAUUUGGUCACCUACAAACAAGCAAGAUUUCUGGCUCUCACAGACCUGUAACUUCUUCUUUAAGAGGCUCCUCUGUCCUCCACUCGUUACCUGUAUUAAUGGCACCUGUUUGAACUUGUUAUCAGUAUAAAAGAUACCUGUCCACAACCUCAAACAGUCACACUCCAAACUCCACUAUGGCCAAGACCAAAGAGCUGUCAAAGGACACCAGAAACAAAAUUGUAGACCUGCACCAGGCUGGGAAGACUGAAUCUGCAAUAGGUAAGCAGCUUGGUUUGAAGAAAUCAACUGUGGGAGCAAUUAUUAGGAAAUGGAAGACAUACAAGACCACUGAUAAUCUCCUUCGAUCUGGGGCUCCACGCAAGAUCUCACCCCGUGGGGUCAAAAUGAUCACAAGAACAGUGAGCAAAAAUCCCAGAACCACACGGGGGGACCUAGUGAAUGACCUGCAGAGAGCUGGGACCAAAGUAACAAAGCCUACCAUCAGUAACACACUACGCCGCCUGGGACUCAAAUCCUGCAGUGCCAGACGUGUCCCCCUGCUUAAGCCAGUACAUGUCCAGGUCCGUCUGAAGUUUGCUAGAGUGCAUUUGGAUGAUCCAGAAGAGGAUUGGGAGAAUGUCAUUUGGUCAGAUGAAACCAAAAUAGAACUUUUUGGUAAAAACUCAACUCGUCGUGUUUGGAGGACAAAGAAUGCUGAGUUGCAUCCAAAGAACACCAUACCUACUGUGAAGCAUGGGGGUGGAAACAUCAUGCUUUGGGGCUGUUUUUCUGCAAAGGGACCAGGACGACUGAUCCGUGUUAAGGAAAGAAUGAAUGGGGCCAUGUAUCGUGAGAUUUUGAGUGAAAACCUCCUUCCAUCAGCAAGGGCAUUGAAGAUGAAACGUGGCUGGGUCUUUCAGCAUGACAAUGAUCCCAAACACACCGCCCGGGCAACGAAGGAGUGGCUUCGUAAGAAGCAUUUCAAGGUCCUGGAGUGGCCUAGCCAGUCUCCAGAUCUCAACCCCAUAGAAAAUCUUUGGAGGGAGUUGAAAGUAUGUGUUGCCCAGCGACAGCCCCAAAACAUCACUGCUCUAGAGGAGAUCUGCAUGGAGGAAUGGGCCAAAAUACCAGCAACAGUGUGUGAAAACCUUGUGAAGACUUACAGAAAACGUUUGACCUGUGUCUUUGCCAACAAAGGGUAUAUAACAAAGUAUUGAGAAACUUUUGUUAUUGACCAAAUACUUAUUUUCCACCAUAAUUUGCAAAUAAAUUCAUAAAAAAUCCUACAAUGUGAUUUUCUGGAUUUUCUUUCCUCAUUUUGUCUGUCAUAGUUGACGUGUACCUAUGAUGAAAAUUACAGGCCUCUCUCAUCUUUUUAAGUGGGAGAACUUGCACAAUUGGUGGCUGACUAAAAACUUUUUUUCCCCACUGUAUUGGUGUAUUUGAUACCAUUCUACUGAUUCCGCUCCAGUCAUUACCACGAGCCCGUCCUCCCCAGUUAAGGUGCCACCAACCUCCUGUGUCUCAUACCUUUCUUUUAUUCUUUGUUUUAGUGUGAUGCAGCUCGGGCUAAAAUUAGUGAUACCUACAGACAGACUAUUGGUGGUCACUGGAGCAUGCCUUCACGUCCUGUGGAACCUUGGGCUCCAGCCUUCAAAGCCAAUAGCUAUGCUAACUCAAUGGAACGACUACCUCUAACUAAUGUAUGUCUACAUGUUCCACACUGCAAACCAAUGUGUGUCUACAUUUCUUAUAAUUACCUUUUAUUUUCAAUGAAGUAAUACCAGAAAGCCUUGCGUUAAACUUGUGAAACCUGCAAACCUCUAUUUUUGCAGUCACGCUGCGCAGAUGAUCAGAUCUCACAACGUCUGCAGAAGGAACCACUCAGGAACCACAUUCAUAUCUGAUCGUAUUAAAUGUGUAGCAUGGCUGUGAAAAAGACGACCAUGAACGCACCCGCUGUCAUUCCCUGGCCUAGUUCCUACAGUCAAGGGGGACAAAGUUGCAUGGGUCAAAGGUCACAUGAUCAUACCAUCAUCACCAAUUGAAUGGGUUUGAGCUUGAAGCAUCCCCCCUAUUCAGAGACCUGGAAGAACUGUCUGUCACUCCGUGUCCGUUGGUGGACGGCUCCGUGUGUCACACUUAUAUGGUUCCCCUGUCUUUUUUCUUCACAGGGCAUCACCUUCGACGAGUUCCGCUCCUUCUUCCAGUUCCUCAACAACCUGGAGGACUUUGCCAUCGCCAUGCAGAUGUACAACUUUGCCAGUCGCUCCAUUGGCCAAGGUAAGCCUCCAUUUUAGGAUUUCAUAUCUGUGGCGAUAUUUCCCCUUCGCUCAGUAGUCUCUUGUGAAUAAUCUCUGUGGGUUACUUUUCUCCUCCAUCUUUUUCUCUUUGUUGUAUUCCCCUCUCUCUCUCACUCUCUCUCUCUCUUCCUCUCUCGCUUUCUGUCUUCAUGACCUUCUCUCUUUCCCACCCCUUCUUUCUCUCUAUCUCUCUCUCUCUCGCUCUCUCUCUCACAGAUGAGUUUGGGCGGGCUGUGUACGUGGCCACGGGCCUGAAGCUGACACGUCAUCUGGUCCACACCAUCUUCAAGAUCUUUGACGUGGACCACGAUGACCAGCUGAGCUACAAGGAGUUCAUCGGCAUCAUGAAGGACCGGCUGCACCGCGGAGGGAGGGUAGGGACAGAGAGAGAGGGGAGGACUGAGGUAGAGAGAGUGGGAAAGAGGGAGGAAGAAUUUGGGUGAGAGAGAGAGGGAGGAGAGGAGGGAAGGUGGGAGGGAAAGGUGAGAGGAGAGAGAUGGGGAGAGAGAGAGAGAGGGCAUGUGAGAGAGAGAGAGGGCGGGCGAGCGAGCGAGUGGGCGGGCGAGCGAGCGAGAGAGAGGGGGCGGGCGGGCGGGUGGGCGAGAGAGAGAGAGAGAGAGAGAGAGAGAGAGAGAGUGAAAUUGGGGGGGAAAGCCAGAAUGAUCUAGUUUGUAUUUCCAUCACUAGAAAUUUGACAUGCUCUCAUUUUAUUUUAUGUUACACUUGGACAAUGUAAUUUGAAUCUAGCUUUUGACUGUUAACUUUAGUCGACAGCCAUAAAAGUGGUGGCAAUUUUAAGGUCUUUAUCUAGAGCAAAUUUAGUUACACAGUUAUAUGGAGGUCUUUGGUGAUGUAAAUGACACAGCUCCGAUUUUGACUACCUUCCCUGCACUUCCAAAGUGUUUUACUGCCCCCUAGUGGUAUGUGAAGUUACAACAGUUACAACAGUCAUCAUGACUAGGGCCCAUUGUUUUUCCUAGUCAGAUAAGGCAUGUGGUCAGAGAAAAACUCAUAGGCCCCACACAUGGCAGUUGCAUAAUAUGUAUGAAUUAAUUCUAAUACUACGCCACUCAAUCGCCCUUGAACGAGUGCUACAUUGAUGUCCUAUGCAUGGAUCUUGAGUCUUUGAAAUAUUACUGGCCUCAUCGUCCUGGCUUCCCUUUUGACUAACAGCAUCCCAACACCCCCUCCUUCUAUCACUUUCUCUCUCUCUCUUUUCCCACCCUAUCUGUUUCUCCCACUCUGCUGCUCGCUAACCCCAGGGCUACAAAACCGCCGAGCGAUUCACUUCCUUCAAGUCGUGUAUGAAGAAGGAGCUAGCUGGCAGAUAAGUAUUACCCACAAUCCACUCAUCAUCUCUUAUCUCAUCUAUGACCUAUAACCUCUGACCUAAUCAAAUCUGAUUUUGAUUUGAUUUAUAACCUCUGACCUAUUCUCAAUGGCCCUGCGAACCGCAGCUCUGUCUAUCUCAAUGACCUAUAACCUCUGACCUAUUCCCUUGAUAUUCAAAAGAUCUGGAUAGAUUGACACAAUAUCACUUUAAGACCCAUCAAGUAGACUGACACAAUAUCACUUCAAGACCCAUCAAGUCCUUUCAGAUCACCUAUAGAAGCAUAUCAGGACUAAGGUGCAUCUAUGCAAGUAUCCGAUGAUAAUACCUUGAAAUACCCUACAAUCUAUUUUCCAGUAUUGUUACAAGAAAUAUAGUCUGGCCCCAGAUCUGUUUGCUAUGCCUUGCCAACUAACACCAAAUAAUGACCAUAGGAGUUGGAAAGACGGCAUAAAACAGAUCUGGGACCAGGCUACAAGAUAUAAGCACAGGCCUGUGUAUUAGUCUAUCCCCGGCUAUAUUUCCUGUUUAAUGGUACCAUUGUCAUUGUUUACCAGGUGAACAGGAAACACCACGCCUCCUUCCCCAUCUGCGUGCGUGCUGAGGCCGGGAAACAGGUCCGCCGGCUCUGGAGGAGGUUCCAGGCCAAGGUUUAGAGGAGGAGGAAGAGGAUGAUGAGGAGAAGAGGAAGAGGAUGAAGAAGUGGAGGAAGAUGAGGAGAAGACGAUGA